UAAGGUUAGUAAUAACGCUUCCGGUUGUGUUUGACCAACAUGGCUGCGCCCUUGCGAAUGUCAUGUUGUUGAUUGCUCGUCUCUAGACGUGUGUAUUUGUGCGCGACAACCAACAUUUUAAACUGUAAACAGAUAGUAGUAAUAUAACCAACCUUUCUAUAUGCAGUUAGCGGAUUAAUAAGUUUCUAUCAAUCAUGGUUCACCUGUCGUCUUUACUCCUGAAAAAAUACCACGGUGGGUAUGUUGUCAUCAGACUGGCGCUAGGGGGCGCCACUAACAGACCAUUCUACCGCAUCGUGGCCGCAUAUAAUAAACGGGCGAGAGACAGUAAAUAUAUCGAGCAGCUGGGAUCAUACGACCCUCUGCCGAACGUCUACAAUGAAAAACUUGUUGCCUUCAAUUACGACAGAAUCAAGUACUGGAUUGGCUGCGGCGCCCAUCCCACUAAACCUGUGGCCAAACUUUUAGGAUUGGCUGGAUUUUUCCCACUACACCCAAUGACAAUAACAGAAGCAGAGCGGAGACGAAAAGCUGCUUUGACAGAAGAAAUUAAGACUGACAGUCAAGAUCAAGAGGACAAGCAUGCAGAGAUGUAAAACGUCAUAAACCAAAAAAUAUAAAGGAGUUUCACAAAAAGGCAAAAUUAAGUGUUCAUGAUUUCUCAGUCGUUGCAGUGUAAUAUUGUACUUAUGUAAUGGUGAGGUUUUGUUUCACGUUUUGUACUUUUGUAAUAAUGUUUGGCGUUAAGCUUUAGAUCAGGUUAAAUAAACUUCAGACAUUCAAAUAUUGUUUGAUGAAAGGAGGGGACUUACUCUUUUGAAGUGAAUUCUGUAAUCAUUAAACUGUCUCACACUUUUAUUGUUA